AUGGCCCCUCGCGACCUGCCGCCCCUAACCGCGGCCCCGUCGCCUCUAGCCUCGGCCCCUAGCGACCUGUCGCCCCUAGCCACGGCCCCGGUGCCCCGUCGCAUCAUGGAGGGUAAGGGGGUGGCAAGAGGGCAGUGGGGGGGAGGGGAUUUGCAGCAUCAGCCCCCCCCCGCCCCCCCUUCUCCUCUCUGUCUCCCUGCUGCGGGUGCAGCAGUGGGGGGGAGGGGAUUUGCAGCAUCAGCCCCCCCCCCGCCCCCCCUUCUCCUCUCUCUCUCCCUGCCGCACCUUGUGUUGGGAGGGGGGGGGAGCUUGGAGGUUCAGGGGGAGGCAGGAGGAGAUCUGCAGCCCUGUGCGCCCUGCUGCCCUGUUCGCCCUGCGCCCCCUGCUGCCCUGCUGCCCUGCAGCCCUGCGCGCCCUGCAGCCCUGCUGUGCCCCGCGCGCCCUACUGACCUACUGCCCUGUGCGCCCCGCGCGCCCUGCAGCCCUGCGCGCCUAUUGCAGUGGGGUAAGGGGGGAGGGUGA